AGAGACCACCUGUGGGGACCAGCGGGGCGCCGACGGGACGGCCGGCGAGAUGCUGCGCGAGCGGACGCUGCGGCUGCAGUUCGGCAACCGGAUCGAGGCCGUCUGCGUGGUGGGCAGCCGGCUCUCCAUCGACGUCUAUGGAGCCGCCCCUGCAGAGGCGCUCACCUUCAGCGUGAAGCACACCGAGGGGCUGGAAGUGGACGUCAUCACCCAUGACCAGCUGGAGCCGGCGCCAACCAAUGGAGGGAAGCAGUGGCCACUGGAUCCCAAGACCAUCCUGAAAGUCCAGAUGACCCGGCCUAGCACUGAGGCCAAUGACAACAAGGUAACUGUGGGCUACUAUGGUGAGAAUGGAGGCCCCCCUAUAGACCAAGCUGGCGUUUUCCUGACAGGCAUUGGAAUUUCCUUGGAUGUUGAUGCCGACCGAGAUGGGGUGGUGGAGAAGAACAACCCCCGAAAGGCCUCCUGGACGUGGGGUCCGGACGGACAGGGCGCCGUCCUUCUGGUGAACUGUGACAAGGAGAAUCCUUUCAUAGCCGUGGAGGACUGUCAGGAUGACAAAGUAUAUUGCAAGGAAGACCUGGAGGACAUGUCACGGAUGAUGUUGCGGACGCAGGGGCCUGACAGACUCCCUCCUGGGUACGAGAUGGUUCUCUACAUUCCUAUGUGCGACUCUGACAAAGUAGGAGUCUUUUACCUGCAGAACCCAUUCUUCGGCCAGCGCUACAUCCACGUCCUGGGCCGGAGGAAGCUCUUCCAUGUGGUGAAAUACACCGGAGGCUCUGCAGAGCUGGAGUUCUUUGUUGAGGGUCUUCGCUUCCCAGACGAAGGUUUCAACGGGCUGGUCACAGUCCAUGUCAGCUUGCUGGAGAAGUUGGCCGAGGGUAUUCCACAGACUCCCAUUUUUACAGACUCUGUAGUUUUCCGGGUGGCUCCUUGGAUAAUGACGCCAAACACCUUGGCCCCCGUGACUGUCUUUGUGUGCAGCGUAAAGGACAAUUUCUUGCAUCUCCUUUCCCUUAGGGAGAUACAAAGGAACUUGGUGAGCAGGAAAGCCAAGCUGCCUUCCAAGGGAUGAAGGGUUUGCUCCAAGUACAUGAACUUAGGCCGCAUGCGACACUGGGAUUGGAUGCAGGAUGAAAUUGAAUUCGGCUACAUCAGUGCUCCCCACAAAGGCUUCCCGGUGGUCCUGGACUCCCCGAGGGACGGGGGGCUUCAAGAUUUCGCCAUCAGAGAGAUUUUGGGUCCGGAUUUUGGCUACGUGACCAGGGAGCCCCUGUUUGAAUUGGUCACCAGUCUAGACUCUUUUGGCAAUUUGGAGGUCAGCCCCCCUGUGACGGCCAACGGGAAGGACUACCCUUUGGGGAGGAUCCUCAUCGGAAGCAGCUUCCCCAACUCUGCUGGAAGAAGAAUGACGAAGGUUGUCCGGGACUUCCUCCACGCCCAAGAAUGCCAGGCUGGUGUGUUGGUUUUUCUUGGCCAGCUGACCGUAUUUGUCUGCUGCUUUUCCUCCCAGCAAUUCCGGAUGCUGAUGGCCAGCCCCUCCGCCUGCUACAAGCUGUUCAGAGAAAAACAGAAAGAAGGCCACGGGGAAGCCGUCAUGUUCAAAGGAUACACCGGAACAGACACAAAACGGGUCACCAUUAACAAGGUCCUCUCCAACGAGAUCAUGGUGCAGGAGAAUCAGUAUGUGCAGCGCUGCAUCGACUGGAACAGGGACAUUCUCAAGCAGGAGCUGGGCUUGAAGGAGGAUGAAAUCAUCGACAUCCCGGCCCUCUUCAAGAUCGACAAGGAAGGCAAGGCGAUGGCCUAUUUCCCCAACAUGGUGAACAUGAUCGUGCUGCAGAGGGACCUGGGCAUCCCCAAGCCCUUUGGGCCCAUCGUUGAGAACGAGUGCUGCCUGGAGCAACAUGUCUGCUCCCUGCUGGAUCCCCUGGGGCUGACGUGCUCUUUCAUUGAUGACGUCUCUUCCUACCACAAGCACCUGGGAGAAGUCCAUUGUGGCACCAACGUCCAGCGGAAGCCCUUUGCGUUCAAGUGGUGGAACGUCCUCCCCUGAAGAGCCACGGAACUGGGCGGAGAACUGCUGAAGUCGGAAGUCAAAGUGUGGAUUCAGACAAACAAUUCUCCCCCUCAACACACGCUGACCUGUGACUCCCAGGACUGUGGGCUUUGGCGCAAGCGGAAACGCUUCCCUUCUCCAAAGCCCGCCUUGUGCCUUGGAGAAGCCGCACACGUCAGCCGCAACUGGUGUUUUGGGGAGCGGAAUUGUUCUUCUGAGUCCUGUUGGAGAAGCUUCUUUGCCUUUGUAUUGUCGAAGGCUUUCAUGGCCGGAAUCACUGGAGCGUUGUGGGGUUUCCGGGUUGUAUGCCCAUGUUCCAGUAGCAUUUUCAGCCACAGAGUGCAGGUGAAACAUCAGGAGACAAUGCUACUGGAACACGGCCAUACAACCCGGAAACCCCACAACACUCCAGUUCUUUGCCUUUUGUUUCAUUGUUCACUUGGCGAUUGAGCCGCAUUUGUAAGGAAGCCUUCUGGUGUGGUGUGGGCAUUUGAGGUUUUGUUUCCCAAUAACUCUGUGCGUGCUGUGUUGGUUCACCUUGCCCACAGGGCUGCUGGAGCCCGUCGACAAAAUGCUGCUGUCCCCCUCGCUUCUUUCUCGUGCAUGCGGCAGACCUAAAGCGCGUUCCACCGUGAGUGCGUAUGUGAUUGGCCAGGGAGUCACUGCAGCAGCUGGGGGUUGUCUCGCUGGUUUGGGGGCAUUAUACCAAGAACAGAUUUUCAGAAGCCAUGGUUCAAAAGCGGCUGGGUUCAGGUGGCUCUGAUUUGCAACGAUGGCAAUAAAAUGGAGAGAUGA